AUAUUUUUCUAAAAUAUAUAACAAUUUUUAAAUACUUCAUAAAUUAAUAUAAAAUAAAUUUGUUAUAAUCCCGCCCGUAGGGUGGGCCGACCCUAGUCAUUUAUAAAAGUUUAUAAACCCAACUCCACACUUUAAAUGUAAUUAAACUAAUUUGAGUGGAUGUUUUUUUGAAAAUUGCCAACAAACUUAUAGUAUUUUAAGUAUUGUAUUUUAUCUUAAGUUUAAAUAAUGUUUACUAGGUGUUUUGCCCGUACAUGCGGGCAUAAUCAUCUUACAAAUACUUAUUAUUCUAUGUCUUAUUAAUCCAAAAAUCAGCACUAUAAAACUCUAAUUGGUGAACAUGGUGAAGGAAAAAAAUUAUGGUGAAUUUUUUGUUCCUCAAAAUUUAUACUAGAUAUGUUGAAUUUUAGUCAAAUUAUUGAAAGGUAGAUCCUACUUUUUUCUACAAAAUUCUCCAUGGAAGAAUGAAUUUAUAAGAAAAUAUUUCCAUAUUCAAUUUUGAUAAGGAACAAAUCGAACUAAAUUCAUAUUUUUUUAAUUUUUUCAAUUCCUCAAAUGAAAUUUUAUUUUUUAUUUUGUUCAUUUUUUCAUUCUUCUAGUGGUCAACAACUGACGCUAUAGCGUUUCACAAAUUAAACUUAAACUGGUUUAAAAUAAAAGGAAGAAAAUUUGUUUUGAACUCAAUCACAAGUUAAAUUAUUAUUUACGAUUUUAAAUAGUUAAAUCAAACAUCAAAUUAUUUAUAUAUGUCAAAAAAACGUUCAUCAAACUAGGUACUUAUUAUUGUGUUAAAAGUUUUAAAACACUCAUAUAUUAGAAAUUUUAUUUUAUCUUAAGUUUAAAUAAUGUUUAUUACCUUUACGUAGUUGUUAGUUUUAACUUGCUUGUGUUUCUUUUUCUGACGACCAUUUUUGAAUCAUGCCACACCAAGCUUUUGUUUGUGUAAAUUAUUUAAAUUAUCUAAGUUUUUUAGUCUUCAUCUAUGGAGUAUUCUUAUACAUUUCUAUUAAUUAAUGUUCGUGAAAUGUAAACUUUGAAAACAUUAACUAAGAGUAUUUGAACUGUUUAAUUACUGUUGGUUCAUAGAGGUAUGACAAAUUGUUUAGUAUUUAGUACUGUAGCAGAAUAAAAACAUUUCUGACUAAACGUUAACAAACUUUUAAUUUGUAUAAAAUUCUAAGUUUAUUUUAAGAAUGGGAGGUAGUAAAUGAAUUAAACGUCUAGUUAUAUAUGCGAUUGUCGAUCCUUGCAAAAGUAGCAUAGACUUUACAAAAGUACUACUAAACUAUGCAAAUUACUAGAAUGUUACACAUUUUAUGGUUUAUUACUAGAAUGUUGUAUAUCUUUGUUUUAUUACUAGAAUGUUUUCUCUUUCCUAGUAAUUUAUAAUAAGGAGCUUUUGUUAUGUUUUAUUUUCUGAAACUAAUUUUAAAGAUCAAAGCCACAUCAGUUAUUUAAAAUCCACAUCACAUCAGUUAUUUUUUGAAACCAAACCGUCUCUAUCACUAACACUAUCACUAUCAUACAUACGGUUUUGUAAAAAAAAAAAAAGAAAAGAACACGAAGAACUGUGUUGUGUCGAAGAAGGAACCGCAAACCGAAAUCGUCUCACCCUUCGAAACCCUCGUCGACAUUGUUCUUUACUUCUUCGAACUCUCUCUAACUCUCUGUCGUUGAACUCUCUAUAACUCUCUGUCGUUGAACUCUGUCUCGUCGGAGUUUUUAGAAACCGUCGUCUGUACGAAAUCGCCUUCACCGCAUUCUCAUCAACGAGUUCAUCUUUUCCGAUGGAUGUUAGUCAAGUCGAACCACGUGAUUACCCUCCAAGACUUUACCCUUCUAACCUAGAAGGUAAAGAUAUCAAUCAUAAUUUCCGUGCAGGACAUUUCCCCCACAUUAAAGAAACAAUAGGACUCGAUGUGUGGGAAGAACUGGUGAACUCUCCCAUUGGAGUAGUUGCUAGGCUACUUUCACGCGAAAGCAUUUGGUCUGGUAGGACCGUACACUAUCUGCUAUGUAGACAGCUGCGAGUGCAUAAAAAGGAGAUAUGGUCUGUUGUGGCUGAUGAUGUUAUCAGGUUUAGCUUGCUCGAGUUUGGUGAGAUCACUGGGUUAAACGCAGGUCCAUUGCCAACAGAAAAUUUUGAACCUGAUCAAUACAAAGAGUUUUGGGAGGAGUUGAAGGUGCCGCUUGGGAUGGGACCCAAGUAUGAUGAGCUGAAGGCAGCAUUAGAGUUCUGUCCUGGUUGGAGUUUUGAAAAGCGUAAGUGGUUGGGGAUGUUAUUUCUUCAAGCCAUGGGACUGUACUGUUUGCAUCACAAUUCAAGGAUACCCUUUCAAAGUGCAAUAAGGGUAUUCGACGAUGAAGCCAUGAGGUCGUAUCCAUGGGGUCGGACUGCAUUCGAAGUUCUUGUUGACUCUCUGAAAACACUGUCUCCAGAUGGAAAGUCAUACACAGUAAGCGGCAUGAAGGACGUUUUAUUGGUUUGGGCGUAUGAGUCCAUCGUCUGUUUCGGUGAGAAGUUUGGGAGAGUGGUCAACAAUGAAGACGUUCCUCUUUUGCGAUGGGGUGGAAGGCGUACACGUUCAAGUUUUGAUACUGUCUUGUCUGACGAAAUCAAAGAUCAUGGCGAGGUCCGUUUGAGGAGAAUGGUUAUGAAGGAGUCAAUUGAAGAGAUGUUUCCUGUAUGGUCGGAUGAACCUGACGACCCACAACUCGUUAGGUUGGUAGAAGACAUACACGCAGGUAGAUACGUGAAAGGUUUCUGGGAAGUACAGAGGGAUGAGCAGGGGAAGGGGAAUGAGAAGAAGAAGAAGAAGAAAACGAAGGGAGUUUCAUCAGAAGCUGAGCCAUCAACAAAGAAGCAGAAGAAAGAAGCUGCUGAAACGAGAAAGGGUUCUAGCGAGGAGGAAGCUGUAUUGGACAAAGCGACUCUGACGAAUCUUGUGAGUGCUCUGCAGAAUAUUUCAGCAAAAUUUGACGCUUACGAUUUUGACCGGAACCGGCCAGUGAUGGACGAGAAGACCCUAGAUAACGUGGUGAAAGCUGUAGUGCAGCAGAGUCUGAAAGUUUUGGGGGAAAGGAAAAUUCCCGACAACGAUGCUAAACUCUCCUCCGCCGGCGUAGAAAAAUCUUUAUCGGUGACAUCAUCACCUCGUAGGAGGUCGCCACCGGAAAAGUCGGACAAAAGUCCAGUGGUAGAACCGCAGGCACAGGAGGAGAAGUCUGUAAAAACUCCAGUGACAGAACCGCGGCAGCAGAAAAAGCCUGUCAAAAGUCCAGAGCCGCCGCAGCAGAAAGAGAAGGCUGUCAAAAGUCCAGUGCCGCCGCAGCGGAAGGAGAAGGCUGUCAAAAGUCCGGUACCGGCGCAGCAGAAACAGCAGAAGUCAGUCAAAAGUCCAGCGUUAGCUGAGACCCCUGCAAAGAAGAAUGCGGAGCUUGAGAAGGAUACAGUGGUGAGAAGGAUUUUGGGUGAUGAUUUUAAUGAAACUGAUUUCAUCAGUGUUUCUCCUGCAAAGAUUACUAAGGAUGCUAAGGAUGGUAAAGAUGCCAACGUUCCAGCCUAUGGACGCGGCUUACGGGGCAAGGCCAAGCGUACUGUUACUGUAAAGGAUGAGGCUAUCGAGGAUAAGAAAAAAGCACAGCGGGCAGAGGCUGCGUUGAAGAGGAAGGAGAAGCAAGAGGCUAAGAAAAAAGAGAACGAGGAGAAGAAACAGAAGAGAAAAGCGGCUGAGUUACAAAAGAAACAAGAGGCUGGGUUACAGAAGAAAAAGAAGGAAGACGAGGCUGAGUUACAGAAAAAAAAGAAGAGGCUGAGUUACCGAAGAAGAAGAAAGAAGAAGAGGCUGAGUUACAGCGGACUGAGGAAUGUGUUGUGACCAACGACGAAGUUCUUGCGGAAGAUAACGCAUUGGCGGCGGAGUCUGAUGUCGAGCCAGCUGAAUUGAUUAGCUCUUCCGUGAUAAAGGAACUUCGGGAGAAAUCAGUUAAGUUAUCUCCACAAGGGUUUUCAUUGACGAACCUUGAUUCAGCACCAGAUUUUCCGUACAUUGGAGACAAUGGACAGACGACUUGCAUGAGGAAGAACAUUACACCUUCAUCAGUAAUAUACGACCCUUGCGCACCUGUUGAUCUGGCGCGACUGGAAAAACUGAAGCAACACAUUAAGGCAAUUCCACCCAAACCACCAGCACCUAAAGAUAAACCAGUAGAACCCUCAGCUGAUCAUGAGAGUGACUUCUACAGCAUACUCAUGCAUGAAAGACCGUGGCCUGACAAAGAAUAUGGAUGGGUGUUUGAUAAUGUAAGUCUUUAUUAAGGCUGACUUAUAUAUUCUAUAAAGGCUGACUUAUAUAUUUAAUUCAUUAUAUUAUGGCUGACUUAUUAUUUUUCUUUGUCUAGCAUAUCGCUGCGUAUAUGAACGUCCUCAUACAAAGGUCCAUGCGAGAUCCCACUCCAUUCUGGUCCAAGCGGAUUGGUUUCAUAGACCCUUGGUUGUUAAGUUCUUGGGCUUCCCUCGAUUACAGGCAGUUCAGGAUGAAACCUGCUUCGUUCAAGUUCAAAGACAGUGGUUAUGAAGCGUUGGUAAACGGGAGAUUCCCCGAAGAAUUUACAACAAACUUGAAGUGGUAUGCAGAUGUGGAUCACGUGUACGGAUGUCUUCAAACCGGCGGUAAUCACUGGGUGGCGUUUCACGUGGAUCUGAUCAAAGAGAAGAUAGAUUGCUACGAUCCAAUCUAUGGAGAGUCAACACCCGAAAGUGAGCAAAAAAUGCUAAAUGCUUUUAGACCUCUACUGGAGAUGCUUCCCUGGAUGUUGAAUGAGCUUAUUCCUGCCGAUCUCCGAAAGCAUUCUAGGAAGAGGUUCGCAUUCAGACGGAGGAGCAAAAGAUACAUUCCACAAAACAACAUCAUAGGUGAUUGUGGGGUUUAUUCGUUGAAGUUUGUGGAGUGUCUAGCGCUUAGUGUAACUUUUGAUGGCAUAAACGAUAGUAAUAUUCAAGGGUUACGGGUGAAGAUGGCAGCAGAUAUCCUCGAGGAAGGAGGAAAUGUUGGAAUGAACAAUUUGUUUUCAUAAUGAAACUAUGUUUGUUUGUGAACCUGUGUUUGUUGUUAUGUUAACUAUUUGACUUUGGAUAACUGCUGUAAUAACUCAGUCGUAUCGAUUAGUAAUACUCAGCCAGUACUCAUUGAUAACUCAGUCAUACCUCAAACAUACUCUAGAAUCAAAAUAAUUAAUAAUUUUUCAUUCGAAUGUUAUAUAUAAAGUCCAAUUAUCAAAAUAAUUAAUAAUAACUCAAUGUGUGAGCAUGAUUUUUGUUGACUAUACGAGUUUGGAAUCGAUUAUAAUCUUGAGGUAUAUGUUGUCUCUUACGAGUACCUAAAACUCUUGGCAGUGAUAUGAGGUGUGAGCAUGAUUCAAAACACGUAAACUGUUAUUGUGUUAUUUAUUAUGAAUUUGUGAUAUUUAUCAUAUCUUGUGGUUCGUACAUCAUAAAUCAUAACCCUAAACAAUCUUAUUCGGAACCCAAACCCUAAAUAACUAAACCCUAUACCCUAAACGGCAAACAACAAAUCAGCCGUAAAGGUCUUACUAACUCAGCCUGUUAGUGUAAGUUAAUAUUUACAUAUGGCGCGAAAAUUUUAGAUAUUUUAUCUCGCGACCUUUAAUGUUCUAUACUUCCCCUAUAUAUAGCCCCCUUCUCUUGCACCUUCUCGCCUUAUCUCACUAGAAAACCUAAACAAUAUCUCUAUAUCGCCUUACAAAGUUAUGAUUGUUCCUGGUUAUUCAGAAAGGUUAGAGAACAGAGUCAAUGAGAUACUAAACUCUGAAAAUCGUGAAAACCUUCCCGUUCUAUACCCUGGCCCGGGUGUCUUGCUUGACAGCGUAAUCUGGUUUAAAUUUCUAAGCGAUCUCUCCCUGGCCAUCCCGUCGAUUUUAGCAGAAGGAUGGGUUCAUGAUUGGCCGACAUGGCGCGCCAUUCCCGAUCAUUUUAAGGAACGCUGGUUUCUUCAACUCGCUGUAAGGACAACAUCUUUGAAUUGUUUUUGAUAUUAGACAUAAUAACAGCACUUACAUUUGGAAAUUGGUUUUUUGUUGUAGCGCAAACGCACGUGGGCACGAAGAUAUAAUUUUCAAGUUUGGACAAAUUUUAAUCUGGUGGCCAGAACGGUGUUUCGUUGUCAGAUGUGCCUCUUGAAGAGGAGGUGGGCACAUGGGGGUGAGAAGCCUGCGUGGAUGCUAACUAGAGUUUGGCGUGAUCUUGUCCACAUGUUUGAAGAAUUUGGUCCUGAUAAUUUUGGUUUUAGUAAUUGAUUUGUUGUUUUUGUUUGUAUUCAGCCGUCAAGUUUUUGGACUGCGAUCUGGCAUCCACUCUUCGUUCAGCAAACCAUCUGGUCAUCAUAACCCGUAUCGAUUCCAAUAUUCGAACAAUGUUAAGACCUCUAGCAUGCGAUAAUGCUCUGUUCAUUGAUUCCGCUAUGUUCGUAGUCAUCAAAUUGUACCUCUCGCCCGGGAAAUAAACACGUGUCCACAGUCUGACAUCAGCUCUUUCGAGGUAGCCGUGGAGAUCAGGAUUAAGUGCUUCAAUCUCCUCGAAAAUCAUAUCAAAGUCAGACAUUUUAAAACAUCUCGCCGCUUUCUUCACCAGCCGAAAUACAUCUUUUCCUUUGUACCGUCCCAAUAUGUUUUUAUACAAAUGAUAGGUGCAUAUUCCACGAGCAGCUAACGGAUACACAUUUGUAAUUGCUUUCCCUAUCGAGUUAUGCCUAUCUGAUAUUAUCGCAAGACCCUCCUGGUCAGGAAUCAACACUUUUAGUUGCGUAAAAAACCAAUUCCACGAAUCAUCAUUUUCAGUGUCAACCACUGCGAAGGCUAUUGGAAAAAUCUGAAAGUUACCAUCCUGAGCUAGUGCUGUGAGUAGCGUCCCUUUAUAUUUACCAUUAAGAAACGUACCGUCGACGACAACAACUUUGCGCAUGAAAUGAAACCCAUUAACGCUCGCACCAAACGCAAGAAACACAUACAUGAAUCUUCCAAGCUCAUCGAUUUGAAGACGCGUAACUGUAUUCGGAUUUGCCCUUCUUAUCAUGUAUAAGUAAGAAGGCAAGAGUUCAAAACCACACUCAGGUGUGCCCUCAUCGAUUUCCCUUGCACAUUUAAGCGUCCGGUGUGAUUUCCAAUAUUCCAUCUGCUCACAUGAAAAAACAAUUUACAUAACUCAGCCACAUCAUAUCAUUAAGACGGUCACAACGUAAUCAUAACUCAACCAUAGUUUUGUAACUCAGCCAUUUCUAACAUAAAAUAACCCAGCCUAUACUCUACCAUAACUCAGCCGUUCUAACAUAAUUACCUUUACACCAAACUGCUUAGUAAUAGCUAUUCCGACACUCUCAGGGCGAACGGCCGGACCAACGUUGCCGAGAAAGUUCUUGUACAACUCUCCUAAAAUAUCCGGUGUUUCAUUUCGAGAUCGAUUAGAACGCUCAGUUACAGAACAUGCAUGAUCCGAGUCGUAAAUACGAAUAUAAAACUGCGGGGACAAUCCUUCGGUAGAUGCACGAACUCUCCAUGUACAUCCAUCAACCCAACACUUAACAACGUAUGUUGUCAGGUUUGAUAUUUCUACAUCAAAAUCAAAUUGAUGCCUCACUGUAAAAAGUUUCAGUCGUCUCUUCAAAUGCUUUUUAGUCAAGUAUCGUUGUCCUACCGCAAGGUCUAACGACGACAUCUCCAACUUCAAAACCUCCAGAUUCCCUUUAGAUUCGCUCAUCAAGAAGUUCUGAUAUCUCUUCUUGGAAGGUAGCGUUGGUGAAUCUUCGUCUUCUUCGAUAGGAGACUCACCGUAUGUGCUGAAGUUAUCAUCUUCAGAUGACGCACCGUCCGAGUCAUCGAACAUAUCAAAUCGACUUUCAAAUUCAUCAUCUUCUUCGUUUUCUUUGCCUAUUUCAUCUUCUCCGGCUACGUCGUGUAUUUCAACGUUACUAAAGCAGUCAUUCUCAAUUUCAUCUUGUUCAUCCUCCAAACUGCAACCAUCGUAACUCCCAUUCUCUAUAGACUCAACUUCUAAAGCUUCUUCUUCUAAAGCUUCUUCUUCUGAAGCGUCUUCUUCUGAAGCGUCUUCUUCUGAAGCGUCUUCUUCUGAAGCUUCUUCUUCUGAAGCUUCUUCUUCUGAAGCUUCUUCUUCUGAAGCUUCUACGUCUGAGCUGUCAUCCUUUUUCUCUGUAAUCUCCACACAGAGACGUAGUUGUUCGCUUUUCUUUAAGCUUAGAAAACAUUGCAAUUGUCGAGUGUUGGACACGUAAACUGGUGGAGUGUUGUGCGCCAUUGUUUUCAAUGUUUUAUUCGAAAACAUGUAGCUAAGCAGAAUAUGAACCUUCAAAUCAUUCAAACCGUAAUCGUCGAUGACAGACUUUAUGAAAUCUUCAAGUUUAGUUUUCUCACCUAAAUGAAGAACUCUACACCCUCUACUGUCGACGUUGAAUACAUAUCGUUUUUUCAUAAUCCAUUUACCGGAAACAAUAAUAACGGGAUCCAUUACCAUAUGAGAAAGAUGAAGAGGAUAGAUAACUGAGAUGAUGAAGAAGAAAAGAAAGGCUGUGUAAUCAUUCAAAAAUAAGAUGAAGAAGACAACUGAAAGGUCUCGUAACUCAGUUGUAAAUUGGGCGACCGUUAGUGAUGACAUGUCAAAUCCGAGUUGAUGACAUGGCAGAUGACAUGGAACAUCGGUUAAUCAGCCGACAAACAAAUCAGUAACUCAGCCAAAAUAAGUCAGCCAUCAUUUUUACACUUUGUCAGCCGAUACAUGGAAACAUUCUAGUAAUUAAUCUUUUGACAGUAAGUCAGCCGCAAUAAGGAUGAACAACCAUAUGUCAGCCGUAUCGUUACGUAAAUCAGCCAUCAAACGAGAACAUUCUAGUAAUUAAUCUUUCGCUCAUACGUCAGCCGCAAAGCAGCUGAGUUUACUUUUUAUCCAUGCUUUAACGGCUGACUAAUACAAACCCAGUUGUAACAGCAUCCCAUAACUCAGUCGUGGCUUCAAUAACCCAGCCCAUCCAUGUUCCUUUACUCAGCUGAAAAAAAGUUUCUCAGCCGUUUCUUAACCACGACUCAGCCAAAUUUUCCAGAAAUCAAACCGCCAAUGUAUAAGUCAGCCGUCAUUUGUAUCAUUAAGUCAGCCGUGGUCACAUAACUCAGCCGGAUUUCUGUAAAUCAGUUGUAUUGGCAAGCUGACUUAUAGUUUUAAGUCAGCCACUUUCACUUAAGUCAGUCGUAUGUAUUAAGUCAGCCGUAACGUAAAGAUAAAUCGGCCGUAACUACAAAUCUAUCGCUUAACAGCUGACUUAAUGAAAAUACGGACGCGAAUUCCUCCGUGGCGCCGGUUUUUUGCCUACGUGGCAGCGAAAAGUAAUGGCAUUCUCGUAAAUACGUUUUUUCUCAUAACGUAAAAAAAGGGUACGCUUGGUAUCGAAAAUAUUCUAGUAAUAAAAAAAAGAU